GUGAAAACCUUGCAAAAUAUUGCAUCACACUGAGGGUUUUUGCAAAGUUUUCUUUUACCUAAAUUCUCCCUCGAGAGAGAGCGGUUAACUUCAAGUGGCAUGGAAUCCCAAUAUGGCUGUCAUUGUCUCCGAAGUUCAUUGUAUCAAUGGCACUUUAAGUGUAAAGAAUAGUGUGUUGGGUGUCGAUUAGUGCAAGCAGAACGUCAAUUGAGGCAAUUGCAAGUGUGUAAAUCCCAAUCACCAGAAUGACCAUCAAACCACAGAAGACGUCGGAGGAGGCCAACAAAGAGGAACAAACUCAGAAUAAUAGCCCUCAGCGUGAGAAGAGAGGCAGUGGACACGUGUACGGAGAAGAGAAUGUGGGAAGACACCGUCGGACACCUCAGAAAGCGUGUGGCUUGCGAAAGCGAGAGAGUCAUCUCAAGAGAGUGGAAUCAAGGAGCGAACGUGAGAAGCACUCAAAGAGUCCCCAUUUUCCACUCGGCAGCUCCAGUCCACACAAUAACAAUCUCACCAGUGCAACUACGAGCCACGAAAGAACCACCAGUACUGUCACGGGAAAUGUCCUGGAUAUUCUGGAGGAGUCCUUUUCCGGCUACAACAGUGGUGACGAACAUAUUGGGCAGCGAGAUGCUGUGCUGACGCCAGAAGAGUGGGCCGAGAGGGAUGAGAAGUUUGUCAAGGCCAUGUCCGAGAGAGGGUUAAUUGUCAAGGAGAUUGGUGAAGAUGGAGCAUGCCUCUUUCGCGCCAUCUCCCUGCAAAUCUAUGGAGAUGAGGAUAUGCACGAAGUGAUACGGCAGCAGACUAUGGAUUACAUUUACCAAAAUCGCGAAUAUUUCGCACAAUUUGUCACAGAGGACAUUUCCAGCUAUGUACAGCGGAAGAGGCAAAAUCAUGUCCAUGGGAAUCACAUUGAGAUCCAGGCCAUGUCCGAGAUAUACAAUCGUCCGGUGGAACUCUACUGCUAUCAAACGAAGCCGAUAAAUAUAUUUAAUUCCGGUCAAUGUGACAAUGGCUAUGAGCCACUGAGACUAUCGUAUCAGCGCUGUUCCCACUACAAUGCCCUUCUGGACCCCUUUAAGUCGUCUGUGGGCGUUGGUCUGGGAUUGGCUGGCUAUAAGCCCGAGGAGGUGGACCACAAACAGAUGCGCGAUGCCGUGCGACUCAGCGAAGAUCUCGAAAUUGAGCAGACUAUGUUCGAGGAUAAACUAAAGACAACCGACUGGGAGGCCACAAAUGAGGCCAUUGAGGAGCAAAUAGCACGGGAAUCGUAUCUGCAGUGGUGCCGAGAGCAGAAGGCACAAAAAUCAUCCGGGAGUAGUUCUACAGUGACGUCAACAGCGGUUAGUGGCAAUCACAUGGGAGCUGGGUCUUCCACCAUGAUAGAUCUCAGGUCAGAUGUCUGUUCGACGUCUACUGGCGGUGCCACGAGUCGCCUGAGUGAUUCGGAGGCUGCUGGAGGCGCUAAUUCGCCAUCUAGUGAGCGUCAGAGGAGACGAAGGCGUCGACUGGAGGAAGAGAACACAGGGUCUGAGGUGAAGAAUGACAGUGAUCUCAACUAUACACCGUCAUCGGUGAAGAAGGCUAAAAGACGACCACAAUCUGGAUCAAAUAGCCCCGAGAGGACACCAACCUCUACGCCAGGACCUUCCAGUCGCGAGGAGAGCCCGGAUCAAAAGCCUCUAUCGCUUUUCUACCAGUCCCUCCUUGAGUCUUCCUACACAGACGAUGGCGACAUGCAAAUGUCUGAGAAAGAAAUGAUACAGAAGGCACUUCACAUGUCUCGUGUGGACUUUAUAAAGGUCCGACAAAAGCACGUCGACUACGACUCACCGUAGACUUUGACCUCUGCCUCGCUCUUCCUUUAUUUUAUUUUUUUUUCGCCAUUAGAACGUAAAGAGAAAUGAACCCAAAAUUAUACAAUUUGUAAAAUUAAACCAUUUAAAAUUCCCAAUCCUUGGCAAUAUCACGGUCUUCUCAAAUAUUGAGUGCAAAAUUUUCUCCUGUUUUUUUUUGCCAUUAAAAAAAAAUAAAAUUUUUUAUUUUUUGUCUUUGGAUCAAACAGCGAGCAAUCACCCAAUCUUUUGGCAAAUCUUUGCAGGCGAUUGAGUAAAUAGUGUGAAUUUAGAGAUGGAGAUUAAAUGAUUUCCCCUCCCCCUUCCCCCCCUCAUUUUGACAUUGUAGAAGAUUUGUAUAAUUCAAAAAAAAAAUGAUUAAAUUGAGAAAGAAAAGAAAUAUGCCACCAUGUACAAUAAUCCCCAUUUUUUUUUGUUAAAUUAUCUUUAAAAGCGAUAAAUAUAAAUACUUCUUUUUCUUGUGAUUAAAACCAAUUUAUGCCCUCAUUUAAACACUUACUCUAUGUGUAAUAAAAGAUAUUUUGAAGAAAAA